AUGGUCUACUAUUUCACCUCCAACGUCGUCGAUCCCCCGGCGUAUGUCUAUGUCGGCAAGGACAAGUUUGAGAACGAAGAGCUGAUUGCUCAUGGGUGGGAAGAGGAUGUCUGGGUACGAUAUCUCACCUUUCACGUCGACAAACUGUCGAGUGCGCAUAUCUAUCUGAGGCUGAGAGAGGGAGAGACGUGGGACAACAUCCCCCAGGAACUCCUCACUGAUCUCGGCCAACUCACCAAGGCCAACUCCAUCGAGGGGAAUAAGAAAGACAACAUCACAAUCAUCUAUACGCCAUGGUCGAACCUGAAGAAAGACGGCAGCAUGGCGGUGGGCCAGGUCAGCUUCAAGGACCAACGCAAGGUCAAGAAGAUCCUGAUAGCGCAGAGGGAGAACCCCAUCGUCAACAGGCUGAACAAGACCAAGGUCGAGAAGCACCCGGACCUGAAGCAGGAGAAGGACGACAGGCUCCGGGAGCUCCGGAAACGGGACCAGCAGGCACAGCAGCAGCGCAAAAAGGAGGAGGCCCGGGUCAUGAAGGAGAGGCAGGAGAAGAAGUGGCAAAAGGACCACGCCUAUGACGAGCUUUUCAGCGAGGAGAACAUGGAGGCCUCGAGCAACCAGAACCGGGGCGACGAUUGGGAGGAUGACUUCAUGUGA